GCGCCAUUUCUCCAGACUUCCGAGAGGACGCAGCCAUCUGCAGCUCUGCUCAAGCAGCUCAGAAUGAUCGAACCUGCUGAAGAACGCUAUUAGUAUUAUACACUAGACAAUUGGGGAUCUGAGCACAGCCCCCAGACGCUUGCAUUGAUACCCAGGAGAAGCUGAGCCAAUCUCAAUCUAUGCAAUGGCCUACUAUGUGGGCGUCGAUGUGGGUACCGGCAGUGCAAGAGCUGGUGUCUUCAGCCAAGAAGGCAGGAUGGUUGGGACUUCAUCCAAGGAGAUUGCAAUUUGGAAGGAGGGCGACUUCGCUGAGCAAUCCUCCGCCAACAUUUGGGACUCUGUAUGCUCGGCCGUCAAGAGUGCCGUGAGGGAGGCGGGGGUUGAUGCUGCAAGCGUCAAGGGACUGGGGUUUGAUGCAACCUGCUCUUUGGUUGCCGUUGGAGAAUUAGAUGCGCCCGUGUCUGUGUCUCGUUCCGGGGAUGACGCCCGUGACAUCAUUGUCUGGCUGGACCACCGCGCUGUAGACCAGGCACAGCGAAUCAACAAGAAGUUCGACGGUCAGGAGGCGCUGCGGUACGUUGGGGGGCAUAUCUCACCAGAGAACGAACCACCCAAGCUCAUGUGGGUGAAGGAGAAGCUACCGGAAUCCUGGGCUAGGGCGAAGGGCUGGUUUGACUUGGCGGAUUGGCUGUCUUACAAGUCGACUGGAGACGACACCCGCAGCCUGUGCACCAUCGUCUGCAAAUGGACAUACCGGGGUCAUGCCCACGUUGGCGCAAGCGAGCGGGAAGGGCCGAUGCCGGCGGCUGGGUGGGACAAAGACUUCUGGCGGGGCAUUGGGCUGGGGGAUGUUGUGGAAGAGGAUUUCAAACGGUUUGGGGCACGGGUCGCUUUCCCGGGGUAUCCUCUGGGAGGGGGUCUCACGAAGCAGGCGGCUGAGGACCUCGGCCUUCCUGAGGGCACCCCAGUCGGCGCUGGGCUCAUUGAUGCGCAUGCAGGCGGGGUGGGCACCAUGGCCGGCGUCCCAGCUGACGUCAGCAGCAGCGACGACGUCAGCGCAGCGUCGGUGUUUGCACGGCGGCUGGCCCUGGUGUGCGGCACGUCCAGCUGCCACAUGGCAGUGUCCGAUGGGUCACUGUUCGUGCCAGGAGUGUGGGGGCCGUUCUGGUCAGGCAUGAUCCCCGGGCUGUGGCUUACGGAAGGGGGCCAGAGUGCAACGGGCGCCCUUCUCGACCACAUCUUUGAGGGCCACUCCGCUUAUCAAGCCCUGAGCGAGCGAGCGAAAGAAGCAGGGUGUAAAGUAACCGAGUUGCUGAACCGAAGGUUAGAGGAGAUGGCUGCGAAAGAGGGGGCUCCGUUCCUGGCAGCUCUGACGCGAGAUCUUCACGUGCUUCCAGACUGGCACGGGAACAGGGCUCCCCAGGCGGACCCAAGUUCCCGGGGCGUCAUUUGUGGGCUGACUCUGGAGAGCGGAGAGGACGCCCUUGCGAGGCUGUACCUGGCAGCGGUCCAGGGAAUAGCGUAUGGCACGCGCCAGAUCAUCGAAAAGAUGAAUGCGAGCGCGCAUAAGGUUGAUACAAUUAUUGCUUGCGGAGGUUUAGCAAAGAAUUCGCUCUUUCUGAAGCAGCAUGCGGAUAUAACAGAGUGCCCAGUCAUCCUCCCAAGAGAGUCGGAACCAGUUUUGCUCGGCGCGGCGAUUGUAGGCGCGGUUGCUGCUAGGCAGUUUGAAAGCAUAGCAGAUGCGAUGCAAGCAAUGAACAGCCACGGCAAGAUUGUACUGCCUGUGAAAGCCGAGAUUGAGAAGACGUAUCAUGCAUUCAAGUUCUCAAUCUUCGAAGAUCUGUACGUGAGUCAAGUGAAAUAUAGAAAAACGAUGGACAGUGUUUUGCCAACUUAAAACGUACUUAUGUUUUUGAUUUACUAAGCAUGUGGUGAUUAUAUGUCUUAUUCCCAUUGAUAUUAAUAUUGAGUCUAGUAGGU